AUGAUUAAUUGUUACCUAUUUUUAAUAUUGUGCUCUUCAGUUGGAAGCUUAGGAGAGCGGGAAGCUGACAAGAACAGAUUUAACGAAUUGCCUGCAUCGGGAUCUUUAGCAAAUCAUCCCUCAUACAGCUUCCAAAAUCGGCGUUCCAUAGAUAAUAACAUUUAUCAUACAAAUGAUUACGACGAUUAUAGCAGCGGGUUCUCAGAGUUACGCCCGCCAUUGCACAUUUUGUACCCCACAGAGACGGCCUAUCCGCACGAAGAGAAAAUCCCGAUCAAAAUCCACCAACCAAGAGAAGACCCAAAACUUUUCUAUCAAUCUAAAGCGUACCUUGAAGAAAUUAAUGGCCAAAAUAUUAACCAUGAAGUAGCUUCCAUCUAUCCCGGUAGAGAGGUUGUCAGAGCCGAUGAAAAAUAUCGAAUACCUAAGAAUUUAUUAAGAAGUAGAUAUGAAAAUAAUUAUUUAUAUUCACCACCAAAAAUAUGUAUACAAUGCCCUCGUGAGAAAACUCUUAUUGCCAAAAAAGGAGUAGACAGAGUUCUUUUACAACAUCCCAUCCUUAAAACAUGUUCCGGUCGAAAAGCUCCUAAAACCGUUCGCUUUGUUCACAUGUACGGACCAAAAUUUGCAACAUUACUCGACCAUGGAACCCACGUUAUAGUUGGUCGAAUUAUGCACAACAACGAAACUCUACAUCUUUGCAAGAUGCAAGUGCAUGUUAUUAUUCAAACUUGCUCAACGCCAAAAUAUUUGGUAUCACAUUGUGAUGACCAAAACAAAUUUUGCAAUUUCACUUGUCGUGAUGAAAUGCUCGAAUUACAAGGGGAAUCGGCACUAAUUUGCGGCGAUGACAUGAUGUGGGAAGGAUAUCUUCCCUUAUGUAGGGCUCGUAAUUGGUGUAAGCCCAUACCUCCUCCAGAAUAUGGGCGUAUAAGUUGUAGAGGGACCACUACAGGAUUAGCUGCUGGAAUGACAGAAGGAUCACGAUGUCGAAUUCGCUGCCCUUUAGGUUGGCGAUGGUAUCCAAAAUCUGUAGCGGUUUGCCGACGGGGAAAUUGGACGAACUCCAUAAAAUGUAUUCCCAAGAAAAAUAUCUCAAGA